AUGAGCGACCAGGAAGUCAAGGCUGUAGAGCCCGUCGAGGCCCCCGUCGAGGCCCCUCCGGCGGAGGCUCCCGCUGAAGCUCCUGCGACCGAGGAGACGACCGAGCCCGCGACUACCGACAACAAGGAGACCGAGCAGACCCCUUCCGCGAACAAGACUUCUUCUGCACACCAGGCACCUGAAGGAAUGCUCAGAGUCAGCGGCAGAAAGGCUGCGGACGAUAAGGUCUUCCGCAACAACGUCAAGUUUGACCCUUCGGUCCUGCCCGAGACCGAUGACCCCAAGCAGAUCCGCACCCAGGUCGAGUUCUACUUCAGCAACAGCAACUUGCCGAGCGACAAGUUCCUCUUCGACCUUGUCGGUGGCGCCGAGAACAAGGCCGUCCCCGUCAAGCAGAUCAGCAGCUUCAAGCGCAUGAGACGCUUCCAGCCCUACUCGGCCGUUGUCAAUGCUCUCAAAGAGAGCAAAGUCCUCAUCGUGGAGGGCGAGGAGGGUGAGGAGACCGUGCGCCGCAAGGUCCCCUUCGACCCUUCCAAGCAGAGCCAGGCGGAGGAGCAGAGCAUUUACGUCAAAGGCUUCGGCGAUGAGGAGCCUACUUCGCAGGUUGACAUUGAGCAGUUCUUUACACAAUACGGCGCGAUCAACUCUGUCCGCCUCCGGCGCGCUGAGAACAGAGCCUUCAAGGGCUCCGUCUUUGUGGAGUGGGCUGACAAGGAGACCGCGGAGAAGUUCUUGGCUCUGGACCCCAAGCCCCAGUGGAAGGAGCACCCCCUUCUCAUCAUGUCCAAGAAGGCCUACAUCGACCAGAAGAACGAGGACAUCCGGGAGGGGCGUGUAGAUCCCCACAACUCCAAGUCCCGUGGCGGCGCUCGCGGGGGUCGUGGUGGACGUGGCGGCCGUGGUGGGCGCAGUGGUGACUCGGACGACUGGAAGAAGAGACGCGACCAGGACCAGCGCAAUGGCUUCAAGGACCGUCGCGGCGGGCGAAACGACCGGGGCCGCGGUCGUGGCAGGGGUGGCAACCGCGGACGUGGCGGCCGCGAUCGCCAGGACGGUGGCCGCGAGAACGGCACUCGGGACCCGGAGCAGCGCGACAACAGAGACGUCGGCCGUCCCAAGAUCAACAUCAGCGGCGAAGGCGAGAAGGAGAACGGCAAGCGCACCCGCGACGGUGAAGGUCACGGGGACGAGCGCCCUGCCAAGAAGGUUGAUACUAAGGAGGCUGCUGCGGAAACUGCUUAA